GGGAGCUGGGUGGGUGAGGAGCUGCGUCCGUGGGGGAUUUCACUUCACAUCCACCUCCACUCCAGUCAUGCGUGUACACAGUCGUGGAGUGAGUGGACACGAACAGGCGAGCGGCACCGAGCAGUUACGAAGAAUGUGACAGCACUUUUUCCUCUUUUUUUCCCAUUCCUUACGUGAAAGUUUAGCGCAGCUUUUUCUUUCUUCUUUUGUCUGUUAAAAAUAUUGUGUUGGAAGAAACCAUGGAGCCGAUAACGAAGUGGACGCCGACCCUAGUAGUGGAGUGGAUGAAAGGUUUGGACGACAGCCUGCAGCAGUAUGUCAGCAACUUUGAGCGGGAGAAGAUCAGCGGGGAGCAGCUACUGAAGAUCACGCACCAAGACUUGGAGGAGCUCGGCGUGGCCAGGAUCGGACACCAGGAGCUGGUGCUGGAGGCGGUCGAUCUGCUCUGCGCUCUGAACUAUGGAGUGGAGACGGACAACUUAAAGAAUCUGGUGGUGAGGAUGAGAGCUGCCACCAACACUCUACACAUGGCCACGUGUGACAGACGAAAAAGCCCGGCGUACGACGGCAGCACCUCGCGCAAGCCACCCAACGACUUCCUCACCUCGGUGGUGGAGCUCAUCGGAGCCGCGAAGAGCCUCCUGGCUUGGCUCGACAGGACGCCUCUUACAGGGAUCAGUGACUUCACAGCCACCAAGAACAAGAUCAUUCAGCUGUGCCUGGAGCUCACCACCACAGUUCAACAGGACUGCAGUGUUUACGAGAUGGAGGAGAAGAUCCUGGAAGUUUCUAAGAUUCUGAACAGCAUCUGUGAUCAGACUGUGAGAACCACCUCUGACCCCCUGAUGAGCCAGUCGGCCUGUUUGGACGAAGUCCAGCUGACCAAUAUCAAACCAGGAGAGGGUUUGGGGAUGUACAUCAAGUCUACUUACGAUGGAUUGCAUGUCAUCACAGGAACCACGGAACAUUCGCCUGCAGACCUGAGCAGGAAGAUACACGCAGGGGAUGAGGUGAUCCAGGUUAACCAGCAGACAGUGGUGGGCUGGCAGCUGAAAAACCUGGUCAUUAAGCUGAGGGAGGACCCCAAAGGCGUGGUGCUCCUUCUUAAGAAGAGGCCAUCAGGCACGACAGGUUUCACCCCCGCCCCACUCAAAAACAUGCGCUGGAAACCUCCAGUGCCUCAGAACAACUCCUCGCUGAUCAGAGCUCAGUCUCCCUACGGCUCGGCUAACGGAUCGACCAAAAAAGAGAAGCCAGCUAUUGUGGACUUGUACAUCCCCCCUCCCCCGCCGAUGCCAUACACCCCGAGAGAGUUGAGAACAGAAUCCCUCUCCAGCAUCAGCAAAAGACCAAAGGGCUCCGAGUCACCAAACUACUAUCUGGACCAGGAGAGCAGGAGACGCUGCACCGUCUCAGACUACGACAAGCUCAGAGUUGGCUGUCCCAUCGAGGCCAACGUCAUCCUGCCCAGGAUGAGAGAGCACAAGCAUUCACGUGGUAAGCCGCGGCCCCUGUCAAUGCCAGUGGAUACUUGUGUUGGAGUGGUCGAUCCCUACGCCAAGCCUUGGGCACAGGGAAGGAAAGGUGACGACCUCCUCUACAGAUACCUGAGCAACGAGAGGAUCCCCACCAUCGCGGAGGAGGUCCCCUCUGUGUCGUCGCCCUACCGGCCCACAGGCGGCGAGCGCCACCUCAUCCGCGUGGACCACAUCCGCGGCAGCCGCUACUACUCCAACUCAGACCUCCACAACAGCGCCACCAUCCCCUACCCGGAGGACACGAAGAAGGCCCCCGCGGCGCAGCCGGUCUCCAAGCGCGCCACCGCCGAGCGCUCACUACUGGGGCCUGACUGGUACUCCAGCAGUGACUUCCUCAAUCGGUAUAAUCAGCCACAUGUACGAUCCUGGACCUUCUCGCAAGCAGCUGCCUUCCCCAUAUCUGUGUCCCCUUCUAUGGCCGCCGAUGAUUACAACCCUGUCUCCCUCCGACACAAGUCCAAGAGGAAGAGCAGAGGAGGAAAUGGUACGAUGAGCCGAAGACGAAUAUCGGUCAAAGAGCUGGGUCAGCCGGACCACCAGGGCUGGCUGUACAGGAAGAAGGAGAGCAAAGGCUUCCUGGGCAUCAAAUGGAGGAAAUACUGGUUUGUGCUGAAGAAGACCGCUCUCUACUGGUACUCCAACCAGCUGGCAGAAAAAGCCGAGGGCUACAUCGACCUCACCAACUUCAUGAUUGACAGAGCCAUAGAGUGCAAGAAGAAACAUGCGUUCAAAGCUUGCCACCCACAAGUCAUGAUGUUCUACUUUGCUGCUGAAAGCCACGAGGAGAUGAACCUAUGGUUAAAUAAACUUGGGUUAGCCUCCAUUCACUAUGAGCCAGCAGAACCGAACCCAGCAGCCGAGUGUUACAGUGAAGCCAGUGACCAUGAAGAGGCUGAAAGCACAGAGAUCCCUCCUCCGCCAUACUAUGAACAGACCCUGCGGAACUCUGUGGAUGCGUCCGGGCCGCUUGGCAGCACACAUCAGGGAACCCUCCCUCCCCCGUACUCCGCUGCAGUCCCCAGCGAAGCCAACGGUUCGCUCUCGUCACCAGUCAGUACGAUGACAUCGCAGAGCUCCGCCUCCUCGCUGGCCAAGAACCGGCAGUCCUGGCUAGACCUGGUCUCGCAGGCGUCUCCUCCUGCCGUGGAAACAGUGGUGGUGGUGUGCUCGGCUCAGAUACACACAAAUCAGCCCCCGAAGGAGGAGAUGGAGGAGGAGGAGGAGGAGGGAGUCUCGCAGGGUUUGGAGAUCCUGGCUCCCCAUGGCUCAUCAGGGACAGGCUCUAAUGAGGAAAGCCCCGCUGUGGAGGCGGAGCCACAGAUAGUGGUUAUAGGUGCACAAAAUGAAGUGGAUCGUGAAAGCGGCUCGGAUGAGAUGGAGAAGCUGUACAUUCAUCUGAAAGAGGCCAGUCUGUCGCCGAUAGGACAUCGCAAACCCUCCACUAAAAGGGAAUUCAGGGCCUCCUUCGUUAAGCGCUGUAAAAACCACGCCGUCAAUGAUAAACUUCACCUUAUCAGGACACUCAACAGCACAUUAAAGUCGAAAGAGGCGGACCUUCACACACUCGAGCAGGUGCUGCUGGACCAGGAGCUUACCUCACACAGGUUCAGAGAGUGGAAGGAAGCCAACGCUCCCUUGGUGCAGGAGAUCUGUGUCAAACAGGACCAGCAGGUGGCACCAGUGGCCACAAAAGCUGCAGCGUCAGCCGACGCCGCUCCUCUGGUGGAGACCAGUUUAUAAAGUCUCCUCCUGACUGUUUAUUCGUGCACAUACUGAUGUUUUCAGCUGAGACUACUGCUCCACAUCCACAUGGGACUGUUGUUCUGCUGAACGGCACCUGGAUCAAUGAAGAAUUGUCUUUUUAGAGCCUAAACUGGGACUUGGUAUGAAAAGCAGGUCGCAUAGAAAAAUGUGACUCGUGUUUUUAGUAUUACUUUUACUGUGAGAUGAGCUAAUUUUAAUUGUUUUUAUGAUGUCAUUCUGUAGAUGUAUGCAUAAACUGUUGUAAUAUUUUGAAUGAUGGACUAUGAUGAAAUAAUGGAUCCAUUGUUCUGUGCAUGAAAAACCCUUUUGUUUGUUUUUUUACAGCUUGUUUCAUCUUUUUUUAUUUCCUCUGUAGUGAACACAUUUGUUUUUUUAAAAUUCUGUUUUUAGUGUCUUAUUGGUGCCAUGCACCAUCACCGCAUGUUACAGAGAAACUGUUGUGAAUGAUUGAUGUGUGGUUGUGUGUGUGUGUGUGUGUGUUGUCCCACUUGCCAUAAAGACUUUACAGACUGAACACCUUAUUCUUAGAAGAAGGGGAGGGGAAAAAAAUACAGUUUUCUAUUCUACUAAACAAUAACAAACUCUGAAGAAUUUCAAACAUGUUUUUAAACACAGGAUGCAUCAUGGGUCAUUUUGUUACAAACAGAAUUUUGGGCCAGCAAACCCAAACUCUGCAGUAGUUACAGAUAAGCAGAUGGUCUCAGCAGGGCAAAUGGACCACAAUUGAAAUCUGGGUUUUUCUUUUUUUGAAAUAAGUCUCACCUGGUGUGCAUGUUAAUGAUCAACUACUAUAUGUGUAAAUAGUUACAUUUUCAUUUUCUCUGAGCUCUAGUCUGUCAUAAAAUGUCCAUGUGAUUGUUUGUAUAUAGGGAAAUAAACACAUGUCACGAGAGUGAAAA